CAUCCCCUAACCCUCUCUUUCUCUAAAAAGUGAAUCACCGAAACACAGAGAAAAAGAGAGAAACAUGUGGAGAUCAUUUGGAAAUGGUGGAAUGGGAGGAGGCGCAAGUGGAAGCGGCGGCAUGUUAAGAGCAGUAAGGAUUAGGGCAACUGUUGGUGGAGGAUUGCAAGAUCCUGUAACCAUAAAAAAACCUAACUCAACAAAACCCACAACACCAAACUCUUAUAAUACCAAUGUAUUAACCCUAUCAACACAUACUCGCGGUUCACCGGUAAAUAAUAAUAGUAGUAAUCAAGUUUUAUUAUCAUCACCAACAUCAUCAGCUUCAGUUUCUAAUGCUUCUUCAUCUAGAUAUUCAUCAUCUUGUUCAUAUUUAUAUGAUUCUGCUGAUGAAUGGGAAUGGGAAUGGGAAACUGUUAACAAAGAUGGUGAGGGAAACAAAGAUGAUUUGAUUUUAUCAAAUGGAUAUUAUGAUAUCUUUGGCGCUGUUCCUUCUAUGGAUGAAGUUAGAGAUGCUGUUUCUAGUCUUCAACAAUUUUCUUCGGCUGGAUCGGAUGAGGAUUGGGUCGAACCUGCUUUACAUGUUAACAAUCCAAGAACAUUGAGGUCUCAUGGAUAUGAAAGGGUUUACGCUGCUUUCCAUUUAUUGCAGACAGAUCCAAGUGUUCAGAGAAUGGUAGUUUCUUUAUCUACCGAUAAAGCUCUAUGGGAUGCUGUUUUAAAUAAUGAAGCUGUUCAGGAGCUUAGAGAGUCCUUUCAAUCAGCUGCAAGUGGUGAGGAGCUGCGCAGUUCUGAGGAAGGCUUGCCUUUGGAUGAACCUAAGAACAUGUUGAAGUGGAUGUUGGAGGAAACAAAAGGGAAAUUUAUAGAAUUUGUUGAGAAAAUAACAUCACUUUUAAGUGCGAUAUUUCAACCUCAAGAGAAGGAAACAGAAGUAGCCAAUGAUAUGUUUGAAGAUACUCUGAGGUCAUCUUUGUUCCUCUCGGUCAUGGUCCUCAUGGUUGUGGUCAUCACUCGCGCUCAAAGGACUUGAUCGAUCAUUCGUUGACAUUGCAGUGGAAUAGGUUCCAAUAAUUAGGUGAUAUUACAGUAGAAAGUAGAUUUUGUAAUUAGAACAAAAGGUUACAAACACUCCUGCACAGUUGGGGUUUUUAUUUCACUUCUCAUGAAAGAAAAGAAACAAUCUUUUGUGCAUAGUUUUUGGUUUUUACUGACAGGUAAACCUCUGUUUUGAUAACUCAUCAUGUUGGAUGGUGACCUGAAGUCAUGUUUUGAUGGCUAGUACAAUUUCGAUAUUUUAUACCUAUUGUUUA